UUGAAAAUGAGUCCCAUUGCGACUUUGUGAAGCUGCGUGAGAUGUUAAUUCGUACCAACAUGGAGGAUAUGCGAGAGAAGACUCACGCGCGCCACUACGAGUUGUAUCGCCGUAGAAGACUCGCGCAAAUGGGAUUUAGCGAUGUUGACGCUCACAACAAACCGGUUUCUUUCCAACAAACAUUUGAGCAGAAGCGAUCAGCUCAUCUGGCUGAGUUGCAGCUGAAAGAAGAUGAGAUGCGUCAGAUGUUCGUUCAACGCGUUAAGGAGAAGGAGGCUGAACUUAAGGAAGCUGAAAAAGAGCUCCAUGCAAAAUUCGACAAGCUGAAGAAAGACCAUACAGAAGAGAAGAAGCGUCUCGAAGAGCUUCGUAAGAAGAUAGAAGAUGACGCAAUUGAAUUCAACCGUCGCAAACAACAGACCCAACACUCACACCACACUCUUACUCUUGGCAAGAGCAAGAAGAAGUGAGAACACACCUCCUCUCUUAGCAGGUCCUUCCGGUAAGACCUUUACCCAUAGACAAAAACUUUGACUGGGAAUAUUACUACCGCAAAUUUCUCGAUUAUUAUUAGGACUGAAUACUUGGAUAUUUUGUGCAAAGAGAGAUUACUAACUUAACCAUCGUAUAUUUCUUUCGAGUGAAGUAAUUUAUUGAAAA